AUGAUUCGCUACGCGUACAUGGUCGGUGACGACCUGUACGACACGACAACCGACCCCGACGACGACCCGAGCUUUUAUUACAACCACUCGUGCGACCCCAACACGUGGUACGCUAACCCGCGUUGCAUGGUGGCCCUGCGCGACAUUCAGCCGGGCGAGCACGUCACGUACGACUACGCUUGCACGGAGACGGAGGGUAGCAUGCACGCCGGCCUGCGCUGCCGCUGCGGCGCCGCGUGCUGCCGCGGUACGCUCACAUUCACCGAGUGGCGCUCGCACGACUGGCAACGGCGGUUCGCAGGCCACUGCUCGGCUUAUAUCGAGCGGAAGAUGGCCGAGUCGGGGUGGUACGACCCGCGCGUGGUGACUCGCCACAAGGGCCGCGGCGCGGACGCCUUCAAGGGGCUGUUCGCAUUGGCGAGCAUCCGACGCGGGGAACCGCUUCUCGUUUUCGCUGGCAAGCUUGUCGGCCUCGACUACUUGCUGGGAAGCGAAGAACGCACGCGGGAGCUCUCGCUGCGAGUCAACGAUCACCUCUGGCAGGUCCCGGAUCCAGCGCGUGGGCCCGAGACGCCCGACUUUAUCGACCACUCGUGCGACCCAAACUGCGGUUUGGAAGACUCGGUGACGGUGGUGGCCUUGCGGAACAUCGCGCCGGGUGAAGAGUUGAGCAUCGACUACGGCAGCACCAAUGCCGGCGUCGUCCGCACCAGCAGUGACAACUUCAGUUGCCACUGCGGCGCGUCGAUCUGCCGCGGGGUGGUCACGUGUGACGACUGGCGGCUACCCGAGCUGCGGCGACGACUUUGGCCGUUCUUCCCGCCGUUCAUCAAGCGGUUAAUCGUGAGAGAGUUCAAGUCAGACUUGAAGCGGUCUGAGAGUGAUGAGUCGUGCGAGUCGCUCGAAGGAGAUGAACUGGCCUUCACCACAAAGCCUGGCCCCUGUUUUAAGUGCUAG